CGCUUUCAAUGUUAACGUAUUGUGUGUCGAGUGAUAGCGCUCUCUAUUAGUCGACAAACAAAUGAUUUUUGUGUUGAAAACACAUGUGUUUUGCAAAGUUGUGAUCAAUUGAAUCGUGAUUUGGGAACCGAUUAAGUGAUAAUCAAUGGGCAAAUCAAAGCGCGAGAAACAGGAGACGGAUGACACGGAUGUGCCGAAGGCUAAGAAGGUUAAGACGGAAGACGUGGAGGAGGAGGCCGUCGACGAAGACGCGGACAUAUCGCUGAACGACUCGCGCCGAUGGACUGAUUUGCCGUACGAUUCAAAGAUCAACUUCACGUCAGCCAUCGCUAAGCCCAUGGCGUCCAAGAAGUUGUCGAAACGGCUGUUCAAACUGAUCCGCAAGGCGUCGAAACUGUCGCGCAAAGAGCACCUCAGGAUUGGCCUCAAAGACGUCCAGUUGAGGAUCAGAAAGGGAGAGACCGGUUUACUGGUGUUGGCCGGGGAUGUGACGCCCAUUGAAGUGAUGUGUCAUUUGCCGGCCGUUUGUGAGGAGAAGAACAUCCCCUAUGUUUACGUCCCUCUGAGGGCCGACAUCUCGACGGCCGUUGGCAUCAAACGACCCGCUCUUAUGGUUCUCAUUAAACACAACAAACAAUAUGAAGAGCUCUAUAAUGACUGUCAAACUGAGAUCAAGUUAUUACCACUUCCUAUCAGUUAAAUCACUGUCCAUUUCAUAUAAUUUUUUAUGUUUAAACUUUAAAUCCCUUUCGCUGUCA